AAACUUGACAUCACCCUGAAAGCUGUGUAUGGUAACUUCCACGGCGAUCACAGCUCCCUCAGAUCAAUGCUGGCAUGCUUCACAGAGAUAUGCUCCACUCACAGUCGAUCACAGCUCCAAAAUGGCCUGGGCUUUGCGAAUCUGCAUUCUCCCUCUGAUCCUCUGCUGUGUUAUCUGUUCGGCACAAUCGACGGGGCAUUCUGCAAAUGAAGUUAAUCUUCUGGAUUCGAAAACAGUACAAGGCGAGCUAGGUUGGAUAUCCUAUCCGAUACAUGGGUGGGAGGAGAUCAGCGGAGUGGAUGAACACUACAUACCAAUUCGUACCUACCAGGUGUGCAAUGUGAUGGAAGCAACCCAGAACAAUUGGCUGCGGACAAAUUGGAUUCCACGCAACUCUGCCCAGAAGGUCCACGUGGAACUUAAGUUCACUUUGAGAGACUGUAACAGCAUCCCAUUGGUGCUGGGAUCCUGUAAGGAAACGUUCAAUCUCUACUACAUGGAGUCGGACGAAGAUCAUAUUGUCAAGUUCAGAGAGAGCCAGUUUGUAAAGAUUGACACAAUUGCCGCAGACGAGAGUUUCACUCAGAUGGACCUGGGAGACCGAAUCCUCAAACUGAACACGGAGGUCCGUGAGAUCGGGCCUAUAUACAAGAAGGGAUUUUACUUGGCCUUCCAAGAUGUCGGUGCCUGCGUCGCUUUAGUGUCAGUUCGAGUCUUCUUCAAGAAGUGUCCUUUCAUUUCUAGGAACUUGGCUAUGUUCCCAGACACAGUGCCUGGGGUAGACUCUUUGUCUCUUGUGGAGGUGCGUGGUUCCUGCGUUAAUCACUCCAAGGAAGAGGACCCACCCAGGAUGUAUUGCAGCACUGACGGAGAGUGGCUGGUGCCAAUAGGGAAGUGCCUGUGCAGCGCUGGAUAUGAAGAAAGAGGAAGUACAUGCCAAGCCUGCAAACCUGGCUUCUACAAAGCUUUUGCUGGAAAUGUCAAGUGUGCCAAGUGCCCUCCCCACAGCCAUGCUCAAGAAGCAGGCUCCACGCACUGCAGCUGUGACAGGAACUACUUCAGGGCAGACAAGGAUCCCAUCUCCAUGGCUUGUACCAGGCCUCCGUCCAAUCCAAGGAACGUGUUUUCCAACAUCAACGAGACGUCGGUGAUCUUGGACUGGAGCUGGCCGAUCGAUGCGGGAGGCCGCAAGGAUGUGACCUUCAGCGUCUACUGCAAGAAGUGUGCCGUCGGCCCCAGGCAGUGCGAGCCGUGCCUGGGCAAUGUCCACUUCGUGCCACGGCAGAAGGGCCUGGCUAACACCACCGUGACGGUGGUCGACCUGCUAGCACACACCAACUACACCUUCGAGAUCGAGGCGGUGAAUGGGGUGUCCGCGUUGAGCAUGGUGCCCCGACAGCUUGCCACUGUCUCCAUCACCACUAAUCAGGCCGCUCCUUCUCUUGUCACCGUGAUUAAGAAGGACUGGACAACCCGAAACAGCAUUGCUCUCUCUUGGCAAGAGCCUGAACACCCGAAUGGGAUCAUAUUAGACUACGAGGUCAAGUUCUAUGAGAAGCAGGAACAAGAAACCAGUUACACGAUCAUGAGAUCAAAGGGCACCAAUGUCACUGUCAAUGGGCUGAAACCGGAGACCACCUACCUGUUCCAAAUCAGGGCCCGGACAGCGGCUGGUUACGGGAUGAGCAGCCGCAAGUUUGAAUUUGAGACCAGUCCUGACUCCUUCUCCAUUGCUGGCGAGAACAGUCAGGUUGUAAUGAUUGCCAUAUCAGCAGCCGUGGCCAUUGUUCUGCUUACAGUUGUGAUGUAUAUCAUAAUUGGGAGGUUUUGCGGGUACAACAAAUCAAAGCAUAUAUCUGACGACAAAAGAAUCUAUUACCCAAAUGGCCACAUUAAACUUCCAGGUCUACGGACAUAUGUGGACCCGCACACAUACGAAGACCCCAGCCAGGCUGUCCAUGAGUUUGCGAAGGAGCUGGAUUCUUCCUCCAUAUCCAUUGACAAAGUUGUUGGUGCAGGAGAAUUUGGAGAAGUGUGCAGUGGACGUCUGAAGCUUCCCUCCAAAAAGGAGAUCUCAGUAGCCAUCAAAACCCUUAAAGUUGGUUACACGGAGAAACAAAGACGGGAUUUCCUGAGUGAAGCAAGCAUCAUGGGACAGUUUGACCAUCCAAACAUCAUCCAUCUGGAAGGGGUGGUCACAAAAUGUAAACCUGUCAUGAUUGUGACAGAAUACAUGGAAAACGGUUCCUUGGACAGUUUUCUCAGGAGACAUGAUGCCCAAUUCACAGUCAUCCAGCUUGUCGGCAUGCUACGGGGCAUCGCUUCAGGCAUGAAGUACCUGUCCGACAUGGGCUACGUGCAUCGGGACCUGGCUGCUCGCAAUAUUCUCGUCAACAGCAACCUGGUGUGCAAGGUGUCUGACUUUGGGCUCUCCAGGGUUCUUGAAGACGACCCAGAAGCUGCGUACACAACGCGGGGUGGAAAGAUCCCCAUCCGAUGGACUGCACCAGAAGCCAUAGCCUAUCGCAAGUUCACCUCUGCCAGUGAUGCAUGGAGUUAUGGGAUUGUUCUAUGGGAAGUGAUGUCAUACGGAGAGAGGCCUUACUGGGAAAUGUCCAACCAGGAUGUUAUUAAAGCAGUGGACGAAGGAUAUCGACUGCCGCCCCCCAUGGAUUGCCCAGCUGCCCUGUAUCAGCUGAUGCUGGAUUGUUGGCAAAAGGACAGGAACAACAGGCCCAAGUUUGAACAGAUUGUCAGCAUCCUCGACAAGUUGAUUCGGAAUCCCAGCAGUCUGAAGAUCAUCGCCAACGCUGUAGCAAGGCCAUCGAAUCUGCUGCUGGACCGGAGCAACGGAGACAUCACGGCGUUCCGCUCAGUGGGCGACUGGCUCGACGGCAUGAGGAUGGGACAGUACAAGGACAACUUCAUGGGGGCCGGGUACCACCCUUGCGACAUGGUGGCAAAACUGUCCUCAGAUGAUAUAAUGAAGCUUGGAGUUACUCUUUCUGGACAUCAGAAAAAGAUGGUGAGCAGCAUAAAGCAAUUGGAAAUGCACACAAAGAACAGCCCGGUCCCAGUGUAAACUGCGAACCUUGCCAUUGUGCGUCAGACUGCAAUGCAACCAAGAUUGAACCACUGAGAUUGAUACCACAGUGAUUUGGAAUCUGAUAACGCCAUGGAGGUCACGAUAUAGGAAACCUGGUUUGGUCAGUUGAUGUGGUGCAUGAAAGACUCUCAAGCUCUUUAAGUGUAAAUGCCUUAAGCAAAAGGAACGAUGGCUCUUUUUUCUACCUUUUUUAUAUAUUUAAAAAAGGUGGUCUGUUUUAAGUAUUAUUUAUGAUGGUAAGAAAAUCAAAAUCACAAUCGCAGGCAAGAGAAAAAAAAAUGUAGUUAAAAUCUGUCAUGGGAAAGAAAGUAAUUUCUUUUUUGUUUUAAAUAAAAGAAAAAUAUAUUAGUUAGAGAGGUAAUCGAACUUUUGGACAGUGGUAAACUGAUCUGUGAGUUAGAAGCAAUGGAAAUGGUGCAGGUGUGCGUGUGGCUUUCGGUUUUUAAAUUGGUUAAAUUAUUUGAAAUGAGGCCGAUUAAAAUGUUGCGCAAUACUGUAGAUUUUUCACAGUGAUUGAGAAGUUUAAUGAAUAUCUUUGCUGCAUUAUGUCUUAAACAAUUUAUAGUCCAUAUUUUAGACUUUGCUGUCAGAGUGAAGCCCCAUCCCUCAGUCUUUCCUAUUGUUCUGCCAUGUUAAGGUGUGCACAGCGAUCAUUAAACAUUAUCCUGUACAAGGUAACAUCAUUUCACGUCUUAAAAUGUUAAUUCAUUUUUCAGAAAGGAAAUCUGUUUCCCUCACGGUAUUGAAAAUGUUGUGAAAUAUGAAUUAUCUACAUUAAAUUUUUUAUCUAUUUUUGCCACAA